AACACUUGAAGGAGAGGCUGGAGGAAUAUAUGGCUCGGUUUGUUAAAGUGAGAAUUGUGCGUACCAAGAAACGAGAAGGGCUCAUUCGCACCAGACUACUUGGAGCCUCAAUAGCUAAAGGAGAAGUCUUGACCUUCCUGGACUCUCACUGUGAAGUCAAUGUGAACUGGCUGCCUCCCUUACUUAAUCAGAUUGCACUCAACCACAAAACCAUUGUGUGUCCCAUGAUCGAUGUCAUUGACCACAAUCACUUUGGCUAUGAGGCACAAGCAGGGGAUGCCAUGCGUGGAGCUUUCGACUGGGAGAUGUACUACAAAAGAAUACCAAUUCCAUCAGAGCUUCAGAGGGCUGAUCCCAGUGACCCCUUUGAAUCCCCUGUUAUGGCUGGAGGUCUGUUUGCUGUAAACAGAAAGUGGUUUUGGGAUCUUGGUGGCUACGAUCCAGGUUUAGAAAUCUGGGGUGGGGAACAGUAUGAAAUCUCCUUCAAGGUCUGGAUGUGUGGAGGUGGCAUGUUUGAUGUUCCAUGUUCAAGAGUUGGGCACAUCUAUAGGAAGUAUGUCCCUUACAAGGUCCCGUCUGGAACCAGCCUAGCAAGAAACCUGAAGCGCGUGGCAGAAACAUGGAUGGACGAGUUCGCAGAGUACGUUUACCAGAGGCGGCCCGAGUACAGACAUCUCUCCACCGGUGACAUCUCAGCCCAGAAGGAGCUUCGAAAGCACCUGAAGUGCAAAGACUUCAAGUGGUUCAUGGCUGCAGUGGCUUGGGAUGUCCCUAAAUACUUUCCACCAGUGGAGCCCCCUCCUGCUUCCUGGGGAGAGAUUCGAAAUGUGGCAGCAAAUCUCUGUGUGGACAGUAAGCACGGAGGAACAGGAACAGAACUCAGGCUGGAUAUCUGUGUGAAGGAUGGCUCAGAACGAACAUGGUCACAUGAGCAGCUCUUCACCUUUGGUUGGAGGGAAGACAUCCGUCCAGGAGAGCCUCUUCACACCAGGAAAUUCUGCUUUGAUGCUGUUUCACACAGUAGUCCUGUUACACUUUAUGACUGUCAUGGUAUGAAGGGCAACCAACACUGGAGCUAUAGGAAGGACAAAACUUUAUUCCAUCCGGUGAGCAGCAGCUGCAUAGAUUGCAACCCAGCAGAGAAGAAGAUUUUCAUGAACAGAUGUGAUCCUUUAUCUGAGACUCAGCAAUGGAUUUUUGAGCAUAUUAAUACAACUGUUUUAGCGAAAUUUAACAGCAAAACCAGCUCUUAG